AUGCAUAAUUAUCACGUGAUUUUUCAGAUUUUUUUAUUGGUGUUUAAUUUUGCAUUUAAUCAUGGAUUUUAUGUACCGGGUGUUGCACCAGUGGAAUAUAAAAAAGGUCAGAAAAUUGACGUUAAAGCUGUUAAAAUGACUAGUAUCCACACACAACUUCCCUACGAAUAUUAUUCCCUACCCCUGUGCCGACCAAAAAAUGGAACAAUUAUAUACAAAUCUGAAAACUUAGGGGAAGUAUUGAGAGGUGAUCGCAUUGUUAGCACAAAUUAUGAAAUACAUAUGGCAGAGAAUAUCAAAUGUAGACUAUUAUGUCACAAAAAAAAUGACCCAAUGAACUGGAAUGUUGAAGAAUCUGAAACAGUUGCUAGUCGUAUUGAGCAUGAAUAUUUUGUACAUUUGCUAGUUGAUAAUUUACCAGUUGCUACAAGAAUUAUAAAUCGAGAAACAUCAGAAAAGUCUAUUGAACAGGGUUAUAGGCUUGGAUUUAUGUCGAAAGGGAAAGCUUUUAUUAACAAUCAUUUAAAAUUACUACUUAAGUAUCACAAGCAUAGUCAAGAUUCAUACAGGGUAGUUGGUUUUGAAGUUGAAACACAUUCUGUUUCCAAAGAUGAUUUAAUUUUCUUAGAGGACUCAUGCCAAUUUCCAUUGGAACCAAAGCCACAGUUAGUUAAUGAGGAUACUGGGACGAAAUUGUAUUUUACAUACUCUGUGGAAUGGGGAGAAUCAGAUAUACAGUGGGCCUCACGCUGGGAUAUUUAUUUAGGGAUGAAAGAUGUGCAAAUACAUUGGUUCUCUAUUAUCAAUUCUAUUGUGGUAUUGUUCUUUUUAUCAGGAAUCCUAACAAUGAUAAUGGUUCGUACACUAAGGAGAGAUAUAGCAAAGUACAAUUCAGAUGAAAAUAUAGAGGAUCUUAUAGAAGAGACGGGAUGGAAAUUGAUUUAUGGUGAUGUGUUUAGACCUCCACCGAAAAGAAUGUUAUUUGCUGCUGUAAUUGGGAAUGGUAUACAAGUAUUCCUUAUGGCUUUGAUUACAAUAUUCAUUGCGAUGCUGGGUAUGCUCUCACCAGCCAGUCGUGGUGCAUUGAUGACCGCAGCAAUAUUUCUCUAUGUAUUUAUGGGAUUAAUAGCAGGCUACUAUUCAGCCCGUUUAUACAACACUAUGCGAGGGAAGCAAUGGAAGCAGGCAGCUUUUUUAACAGCAACUUUAUACCCGGCCAUUGUGUUCGGAAAAUGUUUCUUCCUGAAUUUCUUUAUUAUGGGAAAACAUUCCAGCGGAGCUGUCCCGUUCUCUACUAUGAUGGCCUUAUUAUGCCUUUGGUUUUGUAUAUCUUUACCAUUGGUGUAUUUGGGUUAUUAUUUUGGGAUCCGGAAGCAACCAUUUCAGCAUCCUGUGAGAACUAAUUUCAUACCGAGGAAAGUGCCAGAGCAAGUUUGGUAUAUGAAUGUACUAAUAUGUACCCUCAUGGCUGGAAUCCUUCCAUUUGGGGCAGUAUUCAUAGAGCUAUUCUUCAUCUUUAGUGCUCUAUGGGAAAAUCAAUUCUAUUAUCUGUUUGGGUUCCUGUUUCUGGUAUUCUGUAUACUGGUUGUGUCUGUGUCGCAGAUAUCCAUUGUGAUGGUGUAUUUUCAGCUCUGUGGAGAGGUAACACUGAUGGUGUUGACUUUUUGGCUGCUAACUGGAACCAUUGGAUUCUUCGCCGCAUACACGUUUAUUAGGAAGAUAUAUGGAGCUGUUAAAAUCGAUUAA